UUCCCAGAAAUCUGUAUGCCCCGCGUGGCGGAAACGUGGCUGUAUUCGUUGUUGACGGUAGCUUAUAUCGACUUGUACGCCACGAAGCGGUUAUCGAUGUUUCGUUCAGACUAUUUCUUGACUUCUGCCUUGCUGUUAAUUCUCUUUUACAUACAGUCGUGGUCUCACGCGGCCAAAGCUGAUGUUAACUGUAAUAUACACAGCGGCAAGUCGUGUAAAGAUUGCGUCGAAGUGUCGGGGUGUUCUUACUGUGAGCCAACAAAAGUAUGCGAGUCAGGCAGCGUGGUAAAGAAAACCCUUCACAAAUCAUGCGAGGAUCAGGAAUGGAUGACUGGACAGUGUCUGGUUUCCGGAAGAGUCCUGAUCAUUGCCCUGUCUGUGACCGGUUUUGUGGUGCUUGUAGGCCUAACAUGUUGCAUCUACUGCUGCUGUUGUCGAAGACGAAAACAAAGGGGACCCGACAAGGAAGAGACCAAGAACCGUAAAAAGCGACAGGAAAUAACUGCCAAACACAAGGAUAGGGAGGCAGAGAGACGAGAGAAGCGCGAUGAAAUCAGAAAGAAAUAUGGUCUACAAAAUGUCUAAAUGUGGAGUACAUCAAUCAAGAGUAUUGCUGAUAAAAGCGUUGCUACAUGUGUGGGAACUGAAGCAAUUAUAUGAUAGCAAUAUAUAAUAUCUCUGAGUGACGGAAAUAGAUCAUGCAAUGUUCAAGGCAGAUGAAUUUUCAUUGUAGAAAUCAAACUUAAGCCAUCAUCUUUUUCCUUGUCUCACUUUUGAUCCACUUGCAUGUAGGUUGGAUGUAGUAUUUUAAGGUGAAAGGAAAAUUUCCCUUUAAAAUUAAUUUUUAGAAUUUUUCAGCUUUUUAUCCUAGGUUGUAAGGCAAUCAAACUGUAACGAGAAAAACGCUGGUAAUGCCUGAACGUUUUGUGACUUAUAGUUGUAAGUUUUUAUAAAUAUAAAAUAUAUAAAAGUUAUAUUGGUGUUUUGUA